AAGCGGUACAAGGAUUUGCAUGAAUAUACAAACAAUUUGUAAUUUCAAAUGGAUUAUAAAAUAAAGAGGUUGUAAAGCUCUGAAGGUUGACAAGUCAUAAUCGAUUAUUGAAAUGAUCUCAAGUGAACAAAUUGAGGAACGCAGUUAUAAACAUAUCUGAUGGACAUGUCAUCUUGUUGACAUGCAGAUUUGAUCAUUUUUGAAAAUUAUAAGUCCGGAAAGUAUGAUAAAACCUAAUGAUAUUUUUAUCAUUCUGGUAACGAUAGAUAAUCUUCGGGAAAUUAAUUUCAUAGACGAUUUAUUUAUUGAACAAAGUAUACAAACUUAAGGUGAUGGGGUUAGAGUCUCAUUUAAAAAGUUUUCUGAAAACAAUACUACACCAAACUUUCGGUAAAUCCCGUAUUCAAAAUUCUCAGUUGCAUCGACGAAACUUUUGCACGCAUCUUAUUUUUAUGAAAGCAGUACCUGAACAUUAUUGCCCAACUAAAUUCCAAUCGGUGUUCAAGCUACAAUAUCGUUUCUUUUCAUCUGGAUGCAAAGAUAAGGGAUCAAAGUCUUGUCCCGAGAUAACGAAAUCAAAUGCAGGAAAUCAACCAGCUUGGCCUUCGGGUCAUCGAAUUUCUUUUCAAUUUCAUCCAGAGACAGAGGCUAUAUUAAACGAGCAACUUAAUGUUGAACUAAAAGCAUUCUACUACUAUCUAUCCAUGGCAGCGUACUUUGGAAGGGUCGAUGUAGCAUUGCCCGGAUGUGAAUCGUACUUCAUCCAAAUGCAUAAUGAAGAACACGAACAUGCUUUGAGAUUUUUGAACUUCAUCAAAAUGCGCGGCGGUUUGGUGAAUCUCUGUCCCAUCUGUUCCCCUCAGGAUCAAGACUGGAAAAGCCCUCUCAAUGCUUUCAAAGCAGCGCUUCAACUUGAAAUUGACGUUGCAAGCAGACUCGUAGCUGUUAAUGAAGUUGCUGAAAGACACAACGAUCUUAAUACCAGCGACUUUAUCGUAACUGGCUUUAUGGAAGAUCAGAUGAAAAGUGUCAACGAAAUGGCUAAACUUGUUACAGUUUUGUCCGGAAUAGGAGACCAUGGUUUGGCGCGUUUUAUAUUCGACCGAGAUAUGUUGGAGCAUUACGUGAAUUCCGAGUUUAACGUCUUCGAAAAUGGAACGCGAGAAGCUCCGACGAAAAAGUAGUAAACCAACUGUCCCUAUUCUCUAUAUAUAAUCCUUUACCUGUUUUUCUCACG